UGAAGUGGCGGUGUGUCUGCAUUCUGCGCUACUAUUUCCUGUGGUUUCUGCUAUUAGUCUUUGCCUUCUAUUUGCCUGUAUAUGUUGUGUAACCUUUUGAUGGCUGAAAAACAUUUGAUUCCUCACGUUUUCGGAAUUAAUUUGUACCUUGACCGCGCUUUUCGAACGGGAAGUUUAGUCCUAACGUGAUUUGCAUUUAUCAAACUUUUGCUGUGUUCUUACGCAACAAAAGUACCAUUUCUGACCAAAAGAAUCUAUCCCAAGCUAUACGUCCGAUUGUCGAUAUCCCGUUGUUAGCUCACUUAUUUCACUCUGUUAUUAGUUGAAAGUUAUCGCACUAAUAAUCAGUAUGACGGUUGUUGAACGAGAUAAUUUAAGUGGUUGUACGCUGAAGGAAAAGCUGGACUUCUACUAUCGUGUUGUAAAAAAUCAAAUUCUUCGCUUUCAACAUCCUAUCAGUGGAUUAUUUCCUCUUAUGCCUAUGAACACUAAAUGUAGAUAUAGUCAUGUACGAGAUUCUGUGUACUGUGCCACAGUUGUAUGGGCUCUACACCAGUGUUUCGCACGGAUCAAUGAUGAUGAAGGACGUCAUUAUGAACUUGGUCAAAGUGCUGUCAAGUGUAUGCGUAGCAUUUUAAUGGGUUGGAUGCAACAAUCUGCGCGGUUGGAAUACUUCAAAAGAGUUCAAAACUUGGAUACUUGUCUGCACUCACGUCUUGAUUAUGAAACCGGUGAACCUAUUUAUGAUGAUCAUUAUAAAAACUUACAAAUGGACUGCAUUGGUCUGUAUGUAAUUCAGCUGGUUCAAAUGAUUCAUUCUGGACUUCAGAUUGUUUACACAAAAGAUGAAGUAGCAUUUGUACAAAAUCUUGUGUUCUAUUUGGAAAGAGCCUACCGUAUCCCAGAUUAUGGAAUGUGGGAACGUGGAACAAAGCAAAAUCGUAAUAUAACUGAAUUACAUGCAAGCUCUAUUUGUAUGGCGAAAGCUGCAUUGGAAUCGGUUGCUGGGUUCAAUAUUUAUGGUUAUGAAGGUGGACAUUCUUCUAUCCUUUUUAUGGAUGCUGACGCCCACAGUCGUAAUAGAAUAAUUAUGACAAAUUUGUUACCUAGAGAAUCUGCAUCAAAGGGUACUGACGCUUCACUUAUUCCUUCAUUGUGUUGGCCAGCUUAUGGUACAUGUUCAACUAGUACACGAUUGCCAGCUCUGGAACGCUGUUUAGAACGUUUAAAAGGUGUUUACGGCUUCAAACGGUUUACCCGAGAUGGUUAUGCUACUGUUUUAGACACAAAUAGCGAAUAUCAACCGGGAGAAUUGAUGAAAUUUGUUGGAAUCGAAAGUGAAUGGCCAAUGUUUUUUGCAUACAUGAUUAUCGAAAAUUGUUUAAAUGGUGAUCGAGAGAAAGCAAUAGAAUAUGAUCAGUUAAUGCAACCACUUCUUGUUCAUCCUAUAUCGGAAUCAUAUCCCUGGCUUCCAAAGUUUUAUUUUGUUCCUACUGAAGAAUUGGAAAAAGAGCGCCGUUGCCGUGGUUCAGCAAUUCGUAAAAGCAGUUUCCGUUUAGUCGGUGAAUCUCGUUUCCUUUGGGGGCAAUCAAUCUAUAUUAUAUCUCAGUUACUUAUUUCUGGAUGUCUUCUACCAAGUGAUUUGGAUCCAGUCGGUCGAAGACCAUCACAUCGUUUUUCUGGAAUGUCAUCUACAUUAGGUAACGAACUUUUAUUUUCUGGGAAAUCGAUGAAUGUGACAAUUCAAGUAGUUCUUAUCUCUGAAUCUGUCCGUUUACAACAAGUUUUAGCAACUUAUGGUAUUAUCACUCAAACACCUGUACAAGUUGAACCUAUUCAAAUUUGGUCUCCAGAUCAGCUUGUUCGUGUUGGCAAAUUUAUGGGUUGCAGUGAACGUCUAGGUCUAUCUGGUCGUCCUCCUCGACCUUAUGGACAAUUAGGUACCAGUAAAUUUUAUAGAAUAUCUGGUUUAACUGUUCUUUGUUAUCCAAUAUUAUUUGAAUCUCAAGAGUUUUAUCUACUUCAUGAUAUGCAAGUGGUUAUUGAUGAAGCUAAGACUGAUUUUCUAUUUUUGUCUAAUUGGUGGAGAUUGCGUGGACGUCCCACAUUUUGUUUUCUGAUGCGUGAAGAUAUGGUAAAAUAUUGGAGAGUUGAAAUAGGGUUUUAAGUGAUCGCUUUCUUUUUUUCUCACAUAAUAAUAACAAUGUAGAUUACCAAUUAACACCGUGUUUUGUACGUUUGUAUUAUAGGUAUCAUUUUUUAACCAUUUCCCUCGUUUGCUUUUAGUAGCCUUGGCUUAUGUUAAUAAGAAAUAACCUUGUUCAAAUAGAAGAAAAGACAGAACUACUUUUUACAUGAAAUAUCCAUUUUCCCUUGAAUGCUAAAGAAAUUUGGUUUUUUUUCUAAAGGUCAAGAAAGCAUAUUUUCAAAGACGAAAUAACUACGCUUCAUUAUGAAAAUGUACCCUAGUAGUGUGACUGUUCGUCUCCUAACUGACGUGGCCUAGGCUCAUUAAUCUUUCUCGCCUCCUUUAUCAUGGCCAGGAUGAUAGAAUCUCCAGUUCCCUUACCUUAUAAGUAGGGCUGAAAGUUGACUACAUGACUUGACAUGAAUAAUUAUCAAUGCAACGAGAGUGAAUUGACAACAGGACUAAACAACUAAUAAAUAAAAAUGUCAAAGAAAAUAUACGGAUUGGUAUUUUAAGGUUUUUAAUGACGUUAAGUUCAAGAUUCAGAAGAAAAGAACAGAUACAUUAGUUUCCGUAUGGCUGAUCUUUGACCCACAUACAUGGAAACUUCCUAGUAUCGAAUAGAGUUGAUGGGUUUCAUAACCUAUGAAAAUAAGGACUAGACAUUGCUUCAUAUCUCGAAUUAAUGGUUGAUGUGUUGUGUCUGGGCAUGUUUGGCACAUAAUUCGACCGUUUCAAGCUAUAUUAUUAUACCAUCACUUAGUACUGUUUGGCUAAUAUGAGCACUACCUAACUAGGUGAUCACUCAUCGUUUGUGAAGUUAGGUUGAUUAGAUUUUCUUUGUCUGAUGCUAACUAUCUUACAUGAUCACACUAAUCUUGGUGAUCCUUAUUCCUUCAAUUUAUAUUUGUUUAUGUUUAUUUUCAUCUCUUACAUUCUUUGUAAUAGACUGCAUUGAUCCAUUCAUCAUCUGAUAACUUGUAUCUAAAGUGAACUGUCACAUAAAAACCCCUUUGUAUACGAUUCAUUGUUUAUUUGUGUUUUAAAACUGUUUUCCUAAUGUCUAACGUGAAAUUCUCAUAAUUUUAAUUUUUAACUGCAUUAUACCAUCGUUAUCACAACAACCAUAAUUAUUUAUCAUUCUAUCUAAAUAAAUAAAAUUGUUUAUCUCAUGAUCCAUUAGUCAUUUUCAUCCAUCAGUCCAAAAGUGUUUGAACAUAUUUUGUAAGAAAAAUAGUUGCGAUGGUGAAUCAAUAUGUUAUUGAAAUGUAAAUCAUUCAAUUAUAAUUUCUAGAAUUAUUGGUUAGUAAUUAGAUUGAUCAAAUUUCAAUGCUUGUGAUUGAUGUGUUAAUUAUUUCCUCUUAAUUUCUAAUUAUAUCUCAGUUUAUUGAAAAGUUGUACUAUUGUAUAAAUAUGAUUAUAACAUAAUGUGAUAUAUUCUUAAGUAAUGUGAAUGUCCUCUUGGGCUGAUCCCCUCCAUCUCGCUAUACAUACAUAAUAUCUGAUUCCAACUCAUCAGUAUACAUGGAUUAGCAUUUUUUUUUUCUGGCAAAAAUCCCUCCCGUUUAAUACACUCUACAAAUGUAUUAAUUCUUUAUAAAUUUUAUUGCAAUUUUAAAGGUCAAUAUGUUUAAGCCUUAUAUUGUAUUCAUAAUACUACUCAAAUACUACUUAUAAAUUUGUUUCAAAUUAUAUUUAGUAUUUAAAGAAGACAAUAUAAAACCAUUAAUGUCGCUGACAUUUUAACAUCCAUUAUUUUGGUUCUAGAUUUCCUACAGUUCCUGAAUUUCAACGUAUAUACUCACAUGUUAUGUUUAAAAAUCUAUGUCACAACACAUGUUUUCUCAGUACACAACCAGAAUAUAUGGAUUUCAUUCUCUGGUAAUUAAUACAUAUUACUUGAAGGAACAGAUACAAAUAAUUGUUCACACCUAAACCUCGAUAUUAGUCACAUGUCGCUUGUGAACAUAGUGAUAGCAAAAGAGUGAUUGAGUAGUUAAAAUGCUUAGACUUCAAACAGAGUAGAUCUCAGGUUCGACCUACUCCAUUUCUGGUUCUUAAGCUUGCACUUGGUAAAUGAGUUGGGUUAAUGUGAUAAUAAGGACUAUGGGGGCGGUGAAAGUAGGGUUUUAUUCAACUAAUCAGUGCUGCACAAAAUCAGACAGACAAUCAUAUCAUAUAUAUGUGUGGUGUAUACUACUUAUGUUUACAGAUAUAAGUAGUAACACCAAUCAAAAUUGGAAUAUCUGGUAGCAGAACAUUGAGAUCAAAUUGAAGAAAACAGGACUGUUAAUAGAGAGUUAUUAUAAUAAGAACAGAAGUGAAGGGAUGAUGAACUUUGUAAGAGACAACUGAUAGAAGAUGUGCAAAUAAUGUAUUUAAUGUAUGGUUUUCAUUUUUUAUGAAGGCACUCUAAUUUUGCAAUCAACAAUAAAUUCGUCUUUCCUGUUUGAGUUCUUCGUUCUUAGCAUGCACAGGUUUGUCUUAUAGAUUUCCGAUAAAAUCAUUCGUCAGAUGUUAAAAUGCACUGGUAAUGAGAUGUGUAUUUAUGUGUUAUAUCCUGACGAGAAUUAUGAGUGGUAACUUUUGAGAACUAUUUAUGGACCACUACUUUACAUAUCUUUUUAUUGUAUGAAUAUUAAGUAGCUAAACUAUGCAUAUUGAUGUUCCUCUUAUUAUAAGCUUUAUUUUGACUCAUAGACUAUUAAUAUACGAUCUACCAUUCUUGAGUUAUUCACAGUCUAUCAAUCACUAUCUCCCACAUUCACAGCCACUUUGGGCUAAAUCUUGUACAAAUGUUAUUUUCUAUUUUAUGAUGCGAUGUGGUCUGCUUGGUUUGUAUAUAAACCAUGUUUGAAAUACACUAUUCAUAUCGCAGAGGCUAAUAUUGGUGUUCUGGACUCUAACAAGUAGGACUAGGCAGGGAGAAGGACCGAUAGGGACUUGAGACUGCUCGUACGGGUUUACGCGUCAUUGGUCCAGUCGAUAAAUCACUGUUCUUUAAUUGGUGGCAUCAUUACGUUAUAUAUUAAUAUGGAACAAGGUCACAAGUUAUAACAAUAUGUAUCAGUUCCUGGCUUUCAUUUCCUUUCAUAAUUUUCUAAGUUAGUUUUUUAAUUGUUAUUUGUUUUAAAUAGUUGUAAAUUAUUUUUUCUAAUAUGAUUAUUCAUUUAUAUUUAUAAUAAUAGGGUCCCAGGCUUCGAUAAGUUGCUUCGUUUCCUUGUCAGCAUGAAAAAUGGGACUGUUCAGGAAGCCCAUGUUGUUUUGGGACGUGCACAGAAAUUUGUUGCAAGUGGAUUUGUUGAACAUUUAGACUUUUUGCCAUAUUGGACCGCUAAAGGUGAAUAUUUUCGUAGAUUACAUCAAUUAGAUACUGGACGUUCAUAUCAAAGUUUAGAUAAUUUGCCUAAAGCAGUGAAUAUACCGUCGAAAUCUUUAAAUCGGUUUCAAUCACAUAUGUCCGACGAGGAAAUUAUUCAAAGUAUUCAUGCUAUAGAUAGAAAACUUUUACAAAAAGUAACUGAUCAACAAGUAAUUGAACAAGCUAUCAAACCAGGUGAUAGUCCAUUAAAUUUAGCUUAUCGAAUUGCUGCAUUACAUGAAUUAUUAAAUCGACAUGGUUUGGAUCAUGGUUUCUCAACUGAUCAGCAUUUUCUCAUUGUACGUGAUUGCCUCACGGAAUUGUCACGAAAAGCCGGUAUUCAACAGGCAUGGUGUGUAGUACGUUUAUCUGCUGCUUUAUUAUCUCAAUUCGCCAGUAGUUUAGCUCCGUCAUUGUCAACUAUUCUCGUCUGUGGCAAACAGCCUACUGUUGGCAUUCCCCAAAGCUCAGAAGUUGUUAUCAACAAACCUUUAAAUCCAGAUGAAUUACAUGCUUUAUUACGUGAAGAAGUUUAUUCAUAUGAUCCGGUACAGUUUUCCUUACAACAAGAACUUAUCCUAUCUGUUAGUAGUUUAUUGACUACAAAUAAGGAGUUGUUUGAUGGAAUCAAAUUUAUACGCUUUGGUUGGUUAUUGGAGGCAAUGAAAUUGAAACUUGAACUAGAAAUAUGUUUAGGUGUUGGUGAAGAUUCUUAUCAUCAUCAUCAUCAUCAUCAACAACAACAACAUCACGAUGGUGAAUUUUGCAAAUCUAGAUCCAUCUAUGAAUCUGUAUUAAAAUCACUGACAAAUUUAGAAAUACAUCCACGUAGUUUAGGUGCAUGUCAUUUGUAUAGUUUGCCUCCAUGUCAAGUUAAAAAUUUAUUAUUACGUACAUUGAAAGCUGGUCAAGAAGGAAAAACUCAAUAUUCACUUGAUAAUUCUGUGGAUUCCACAACAACAUUUACCCCUACUACAACUGGUUGUACUACUACACCUACUGCUGGUAGUUUUAAUUCUACUAAACCGACCGCAAAUAAUACUCGAGAAUUAUCAGUUAUCACUGAAUGUGGACCAACAAAGGAUGUUUCGGAAUAUAUUCAUCGGGCUCGUCGUACUCGUUUGCGUCGCAAUAUUCAUCAUGAUAAACAUUCUCGUAAUUCAAGUGUAUUUUCGUCUGCAGAACUUUUAGAUAUACCAAAAGCAUUGUUUCAACGUCAAUUGGAUGGGUGUUUGGGCGUAGUACCUUCAACAUUUUAUCAAGGUGUUUAUUUUAUUCUUGAACGAUCUCCUCAUGGUAUAUUGAUUUAUGGUAAACUUCUUCCACAGAAACCUAUUUUAACUGAUAUGACGCCGUAUGAUCUCAACUUUGUUGAUGAAGUUGAAUGUCUUCUAAGAGCAAUAUGUGAUCCUGCUUAUCGGUCAUUGGUUGUUGAGACAAUGAUGGUCAUCGCAGUUAUAUUACAAAGAAACACUGAAUUAUCAUUUGAUGAGGUAGUCGAUAUUAAACUCAUUAUUAUGGAUGCAAUAAACGCUUUUAAGCGUGAUCGUCAUACUAACAUGUCUACUGAUAACGUCCUUCCCCAUUUAGAGAGACGUUUGUCAUGGUCUGAACCAGAUAUGCUGUCUUCCUUGGAACUACCCAUUUAUCUAGAAUUUGCAUCAACUCCGGCUAAUGCCACCAUGGGAACUACUUCUUAUAUCGCGAAGUCCGUGCUUGAUAGACUAUUAAAGGGACAUAUGGAUCUUACUAGCGUUACUAAAGAUGCUUGUUGUGCAAUGUGAUUUAUUGUAUGAAUUCUAAGAGGAAACUAAUUUUAUGGUAUGAUUAUAGCAUUUUACUUCAUGUAAGUCAUCAUAGAUCUCCCCUCAGCAGGUAUUCGUAAAACAUCCUUUUAGCAUUUAAACAACCUUAUAGUGUGACCGUUAUUAGCGUUAUUAUUUUCAUUUUUUCUGCUUAUUCCUCUCCUCAGUUACUUACAUGUUUUAUAGUAAUACCUCACGAAUUGUCAUGAUUUCACCUAUAAAUUACAUUUCACCGGAUGAUAUUUUUUGUUGAAUCAGGGGUAUCAUUGGUGGAACUGUCUUUACGAAGUUUGAAAGACUAUUGUUACUGUUAUCACUUGACAGAAAUCACGUGAUUAUGACUAGCGUUCGACUGAUUUGGCAGUCAGUUGCGUAGUGUUUCAAUGGGCAGAUUUAUAUUCUAGUUAGCGAAUUUGUUCUGCACAGGAUUUCAUGUUUAGUGUCUUUACAAGCGAUAAAAUGGAGACUUUGAACUCAAGUGUUUACUUGUUGACACUUAAUAACAAAACGUAUUUUUUGUUGUGAAAUAAAUAAUGUUGAUUCUGAAGGUAUGAGUUAUAUCAUUUUAAUUCACCAAUGAGGGCUUGGUAGUUGAAUCACCUAACUGUCACCUAUAGUUUUGGAGACGUGGAUCCUAUUUCGGUUUGGGAAACCAGAUAAUUCUCUUAGACAAAACUUUACGCUUGAAAUUGAGUAUAUUAACUGGCACUCGAUCACUGCGUUGCACUCAUUAGUGAUGUCAAUGGUUAGUAAUAAUUCACUGACAGCUAAAUUAUAUUGUGUUUCUGUUAUAACUUGUAACCGCCUAUCGAUCGGACCAAGGACGCGUAAAACACGUGCGAGCAGCCUAGAGUUCUGAUUGGUCCUGCUUUCCGCCUAGCCCAGCCAGUUAAGUCCAGAACGCCAAUCUCAGCAUCCGCAGUAUGAAUCAUUAUAUUUCAAACAUACUGAGUUUAUAUACCAAUCAAACAGACCACAACGUACCAAUAAAAUAUGAAACAACUUUUGUACAAGAAUUAGCCAGAUGUGGCUGUGAAUGAGGGAGGCAGUGACUAAUAGACAGGGAAUAAUUCAAGAAUGGAAAAUCGUAUAAUAACAGUUUAUAGGUUAAAAUAAAGCCUAUUGAUAAGAGAGACAUGAAUAUGAAUAGUUUAGUUAAUUACCAAUUAUAUGGUAAAAAUAUACGUAUAGUAUUGGUCCACAAAUGGAUCCCGAAAAUUACCACUCUUCAUUCCUAUCGGGGCAUAACAGUUUCUUAUUGGCUAGUGUUACGACGGACUACACUGCAAAGUGGUGCGUGGAGGACAGCUGACAGACACAUUCCAAGUGAGGACCGGAGUCAGAUAAGGCUGCUUACUCCCCUUUAUCUUCUGGUGGUUGACUGGAUUAUGAAGGCCUCUACAUCCGAUGGUAAGCACGGAAUACAAUAGCAGCUUGGAUGCAACUGGAUAAUGUGUAUUUUUCAGAUGACUUAGCUCUUAUAUCUCAUACACACCAACAAAUGUAGAUGAAGACAAUUAGAGUAGCAGAAACCUCUGCAUCAGCAGGCCUCAAUAUACACAAAGGAAAAAGCAAGAUCCUCAAAUACAACACGAAAAACACCAUCUCAAUCAUACUUCAUGAAGGAACUCUGGAAAAUAUGGAAACGUUUUUGUAUCUGGACAGCAUCAUCGAUGAACAAGGAUAAUCUGAAGCAGAUGGGUAGGCAAGGAUAGCAUUCGUAUAUUUGAAGAACAUAUGGAACUCAAAACAAGUGUCAGCCAAUAUCAAAGUCAGAAUCUUCAAUACUAAAGUUGAGAUAGUUCUAAUGUACGGAGAUGAAACUUGGAAAACUACUACAACCAUCAUCAGAUGGUACAAGUGUUUAUAAACCAUUGUCUACACUAGAUGCCGAAUGUUCGUUGGCGGGUUACCAUCAUCAACAACCUGCUGUGAUAAAGAACAAACCAGAUUCGAGCUGAAGAAGAAAUUAGGAAACAACACUGGGGGAUAGAAGAUACAUUGUGAAAAUCACCACACUGCAUCACAAGACAAGCGCUAACUUGAAAUCUUGAGGAGAGAAGAAGAUCAAAGAACGCCGCACUGAGUGUUGAUAGCAAACAUAAAAAGAAUGCGUAGCAACUGUAAAGGAUUUCCCAUGAUAGAGUUCGAUGGAGGACCCUAGUGUGCGGCCUAUGUUCUUUCACGAGAGGUAACAGGUGUAAAUAGGCAAUGCGUUUUUCAAAUACCGUAUCGAUCGAUCUAGACGUUUUUUCACUGAUGGUUUUUUUGGUAUGUGCAACUGAUAUCGACAGACAUAAGUAUUGAGUAUCACCGAUCGAAAGUGAAAAGCCUGGCGGCAGAAUUUUAAGAGGAUUGAAGAAAAGAGAACGAGAACAGAGUGAUUGGUGUGAAAACGAAAGAACAAUGAAGUCUGAGACAUUUGAUUGAUAUUUUGCAAAUGAAAUAUUCACUGUAUGGUCUUCAGAUUUUACUAAGAGAUUGUGUAAUUUUGUAUCUAAAUACAUUUGGUUGUCCCCGCCUGUGUUCUCGUUCACUACAGUUUCUCUAUCAAAGUUUCACAGUUAGGAAGAAUUUGAACACGGAUUUAACGAAUUUCAAAGAAUAAGCAAGGCAUAAAUAUAUUGAAUGCAGAUAAUAUGUAUUCAUUGGAAUUUCUUGCGGAGUAAAUGAAAUCAUAGUUAACACCGAAGAUCGUAGUUCACUGCUUAAAAUGGACAUUUCGCUUGAUAAGAUGGGCAAAAGUGUAGGCCUUUCUAUAAGGCCUUACAAAUGUUUACCUUUGUGUAGUCAAGUAAAUCUAAAUAUUCUACUUAUCAAUCAAUACCUCCAGUUGCUUCGCGUGACGGAUAUAUGUAAGUACUUGCUAAUUGUUCGUCAACUUUUGGUGUCCUGAAAGAUUCAUGGUAUCCAGUCUAUGAAGUAGAUUAUCUGCUAAAGAAAAGGGGGACAUAGCUCCUACACUUCAAUAAAGUUACUCGUUAAAUAUCGUGGUUGUCUAUGUGAAGGAUAGAUUUCAAAAGGAAAUCACUGACAUGACUUAAGUAAUAGAAAGUCUAAAAUCUCUAGGAAUGGUUGUGUAAUUAAAUAUUUGACUUUAUUUUGCAACUCAACAGCCAACUGAAUUAAUUGGAAAGUAUCCCGAAGCGGUUUGCAUUGGUUAGACGUAUGCAAUAUGUACUUUUAUGAAUAUUCUCUGUUCCUAUUUGUUAUUACUGAUAAUUGUGGGCUUGGUCGUCUUACUAUGUUGGGAAUUAUAUGGAAUAUGCCUUCCUGUAUUACUGUUCUUUCUAGACCAUCAGAGGAGUUUCUGUAUAGUAUAAAACAAUGGACCACACUUUACCUACUGCGUUAAAAUUCAUGUAGAAUCGACAACUCACAAAGUAUAAAUUAGUUCUUCUUUUCAUGCAUACAACAUUGAGGGAAGGCAGACUGAUAUUGCUGAAGGUUCAGGCGCUUAUAACAAUUAAGUUUUUAGUCGUCCCAGGUUUCGUAAUAUGAGUGUCCGAUAUAAUCUUUUCGCGGCGAGUGGUAUAUUUGCGCCACUGUAUGUUAGAAUCUAGACACAGAAUCUAGUGCACUAGAUCACCUUACAUGACAAGCUGACAAUAUAUCUUGUAGAUAUUGUAGUAUCCAAUUACUAAUGAUUUUACUUAUAGUUGUACCUAUUAGCAUAAUAUAUUCAGAUAAUAUCGUAUACCAAUCUGUUUGCAACAUGGGCACUUAGUACCGAACAUGUGUAAAACGUCGUCA